AGAAACUCCAUAAAAGCUGCGGAAAGGAUUGAGAAGAGCCGGCUGUUUUCAUAUGCUACAGAAGGUACCUCCACAAAUUAGCAUUUCAAUAUUCGUGUACUUAACAAUUAUUCCUCGAGCCCGAAUGGGCUCUGAGUCAACAGCCUAUGAGGCUGAAGGCCGACUGGGCUAUUGACUCAGAGACCAUUCGGGCUCUUGGAAUAAUUGUUAAUUAGUAACAUCCUACUAGUUUGUGAAAAAUAUCGAGACAAAACAACUUGAGCUAGCGAAACCCAAUCCAGUCGCGAUUGUUUUCGUAUUCAAAGCUGGAGCUUUUCGCUACCAGAGGACUAUAACAUAUAACAUAUCGCCUAGUAGUAGCUCAACCAAUCAGAACGCAGGGAGUGGGGAACGCAGAAAGUGGGGAAGUUGGUUGUGGCACAGGUGUUGCGAUUUCCCGCGCAUAACGACGGGCGCCCUCUCUUCAAAUGAAAAUGGCGGGAAAGUAAUAAUGCGCGGCGUCCGCCAGGCAGAAACGGCGGGAAAAUCUUUGUGGCGUGAUAUAAAUUUGGAGUCAUAGGAAAAAAAUUUUCAUGCGCCCCAAGUGAAAUGGGUGAUUCCAGAAAAUAUCCAUACCAUACCAUGGGCGGCAUCUUGGAAUUCCGAGGGAGAGGGGGGGUUUCUUGGACUGGAAUUCCGAAGACGUGCGGGGGUAACGCAGUUUGGAAUUCCAAAGGCAUGGGGGGGUGUUUCAGCUCUGAAUUCAGUGAAUUUCCAGAGGAAAGACGGCGAAAGCUCCGCUUGAAAUCGCUGACCUGUUAACAUUCCCAGUUUGUAAAUGAAGCACGAACCGACCACAGAAGAAGUAUACGUUCAUGCAGAUGGGUAAGCAGAUGGUUUGUGCAGCAAGCUCCACAUCGAAGAGGCCUUAAAGUUGAUGAAUUAGUCAACUGAUUAAUAAAAAUAUAACCAAGUCGGUGUUUCUCGCCAAUUGUCGAUCGACGAUGUGUUGUUGCGUGCUGAAAACUCGCACCAGUCUUUCAUUUCCAAAUAGAACGCCUGACAGAUUUUGUAUGUCACGCCGAUUUUCACACCAACAUGUAGGUAGUAAAAUCCGACAGCGUGCCUUUUGAUGCGCUGUUUAAUUCAAAACUGUUUAUGAACAGAAUUCUUUUGCAGAGGGAAAAAGUGCAAGUUUCUCAUUCGUUUGAAGAUUUAGGCAGACGAACAGGAAUUCCAAAGGGUCUGAAACAAAAGUGGAAAAUUCCGGAGGAGAGGGGGGGUUAGUGAUUUUGGAAUUCGGAGGGCAAGGGGGGGAUAAGCAUUUUGGAAUUUCCGAGGGCAAGGGGGGGUUAAAAUACUCAUGCCACCCGUGGUAGGGUAUGGAUAUUUUCUGGAAUCACCCAAUGGCCAGUGAACACUCAGGUAUGGCUUCAUUUCUUAUACUUUUAUUACAGGCUGAACAACUACUAACAUCAUGGACUACAUUGAAUUCCGCGUUCCAGUGAAUUGAAUGAUUGAAGCGAUGUGUUUACCUAAGUCUGAGUCAAUGAAAUGUGCAAUUUUAAAAUAUGGUUUCACUCCACAGGGCUCGCCCCUGAAGGGGACGUUUUUCUCAGCGUCACAUUCCCGGAGAACUCCCCGUUAAUACAAAACUUCACCGCUACAUUGACUGAUGCGGCAGCUGACGAAGAACGAGCUAAAAAAAUGUACCUGGACACAUUAGCUCCAGGAACGGUAAGCCCUCCAGUUUUGUUAGGCGAACCCCAGGAUGACGCUAAUAUUAACAUUUACAUACUUGGAUUAACAAAAUACACUGUGACAUAUGUUCCUGGUUUUGUUACUGUUUUUCUCUAUGCUCUUACUAUGCUCAUUUUCCGGAUUACAAGAAUUAUUUCAAGGGGAAAAUGGUUCAACCACAUCAGUCUUUCUUGUUUGGAAAAUGUCCAAAAUUUGGGUCGGUCAGACGACGGCAAACAGAGAAAAAAAAAGGCCUAACACUAUGAGUAAACAACACAAGUGUCUGUAUGUGGACAACACCACCUUUAUCAGUCUCUCACCAGACAUUUUAUUAUUAUUUAGAUAAAAUCCAUCGUUGAUGCCAGGCAACUCUAUCUAGCCUGGCAUAAAGAAGCA